GUGCGGUGACGUGGGUGGAGGUGGGUGCCUGGACGUACAACUACAGUGACCAAGGGGACUACACGUGGGAGCAGGCCAGGAACUACUGCCAGACCUUCUUCACUGACCUGGUGGCGAUCCAGAACAAGCGGGAGAUCGAGCACCUCAACGAGAGCGUGCCCUUCCACGGGCGCUACUACUGGAUUGGCAUCCGCAAGCUGGGUGGCACCUGGACCUGGGUGGGCACCAGGAAGGCGCUGACGAAGGAGGCGGAGAACUGGGCAGCCGGGGAGCCCAACAACCGCCGCUCCAACCAGGACUGCGUGGAGAUCUACAUCAAGCGGCAGCGAGAGUCGGGCAAGUGGAACGAUGAGCCCUGCAACCGGAGGAAAAGGGCACUGUGCUACCAGGCCUCCUGCCAGCCCUUCCCGUGCAGCCAGCGCGGCGAGUGUGUGGAGACCAUCAAGAGCUACCGCUGCAAGUGCUAUCCCGGCUUUCACGGCCCUGAGUGCGAGGACGUCGUGCAGUGCGCCAAGCUCGAGCCCAAGGGAGCGCGCAUGAACUGCAGCCAUCCCUUCGGAGACUUCAGCUACAACUCCACCUGUGCGUUUGAGUGCCAGGAGGGGUUCGAGCGGCGAGGGGCAAGCACGCUGCGGUGCCUGCCUUCCCAGCAGUGGUCAGCAGAGACCCCCACCUGCACAGCCGUCGCGUGCCCCCAGCUGGCUGCCCCCGAAAGGGGCCGGGUCGAUUGCUCCCACCCACACGGCACGUUCGCCUUCAACUCCACAUGUGCCUUCUCCUGCCAGGAGGGGUUUGAGCCGACGGGAGUGCGGAGGUCUGGGGCCCCCGCCGCGCUGCGAAGAUUAAACCUCAUCUAUCCUGUCUCUGAGACCUGUUCUCCCACUGCAGCCAUCGCCUGCCCGGUGCUCAGUGCUCCAGACCGAGGAGAGCUGAACUGCUCCCACCUCCACGGGGACUUUGCCUUCGGCUCCACAUGUGCCUUCUCCUGCCAGACGGGGUUUGCACUGAUGGGGUCGGAGAGCCGCGAGUGCACGGCCACGGGGACAUGGACGGGGGAUGCCCCACGCUGUGAAGCCAUCGCCUGCCCGGUGCUCAGUGCUCCAGCCCGAGGAGAGCUGAACUGCUCCCACCUCCAUGGAGACUUUGCCUUCGGCGCCACAUGUGCCUUCUCCUGCCAGACGGGGUUUGCACUGAGGGGGCCAGAGAGCCGCGAGUGCACGGCCACGGGGACAUGGACGGGGGAUGCCCCACGCUGUGAAGCCAUCACCUGCCCAGUGCUCAGCGCUCCAGACCGAGGAGAGCUGAACUGCUCCCACCUCCACGGGGACUUUGCCUUCGGCUCCACAUGUGCCUUCUCCUGCCAGACGGGGUUUGUGCUGACAGGACUGGAGAGCCGUGAGUGUACGGCCACAGGGACCUGGACAGGGGAUGCCCCACGAUGCAAAGCUGUCGCCUGCCCGGUGCUCAGUGCUCCAGACCGGGGAGAACUGAACUGCUCCCAUCUCCACGGGGACUUCACCUUUGGCUCCACAUGUGCCUUCUCCUGCCAGAUGGGGUUUGCACUGAUGGGGCUGGAGAGCCGUGAGUGCACAGCCAUGGGGACCUGGACUGGGGGUGCCCCACAAUGUGAAGCCAUCACCUGCCCAGUGCUCAGUGCUCCAGACCGAGGAGAGCUGAACUGCUCCCACCUCCACGGGGACUUUGCCUUCGGCUCCAAAUGUGCCUUCUCCUGCCAGACGGGUUUUGCACUGAGGGGGUCAGAGAGCCGCGAGUGCACGGCCACAGGGACAUGGACUGGGGAUGCCCCACGCUGUGAAGUCAUCAAAUGCUCAGCACUGGUCACCCCCAAGAUGGGCGAGGCUGCCUGCUCCCACCUCCAUGGGGACUUUGCCUUUGGCUCCACAUGUGCCUUCUCCUGCCAGAUGGGGUUUGUGCUGAUGGGGUCGGAGAGCCGCGAGUGCACGGCCACGGGGACCUGGACUGGGGACACCCCGCAAUGCAAAGCCAUCAGCUGCCCGGUGCUGGACUCCCCCAGCAGAGGCCAGCUGAGCUGCUCUCACGUGCACGGGAACUUCACAUACAACUCCACGUGCACCUUUUCCUGCGAGGAGGGGUUUGUUCGGAUGGGAGCAGAGGUGCUCCUGUGUGCAGCCACGGGGAACUGGACCAGGCAUCCCCCUGUCUGUGCAGAGGAUGGUGCCCCCUUCUUAAAGCAAGUCCUGGCUUACAGCAGCGGCACGGCUCUGGCAGUAGCCGGCGUUGUGCUCUCGGGGAUACUCAUUGCCCUCCUUGCCAAGCGGCUCAGCGACAGAGAGGAGAAGAAGAAGCUCCUGAACCCCACCAGUGACCUAGGAUCACCAGGCAUCUUCACCAACGCAGCGUACGACGCCAACCUGUAA